AUGAGCGCCGACCAGUCUCCGCAGAACAACCCGCAGCAGCCCCAGCCCCAGCAUGACGACGACGACGACAUUCUCGUGACGUCGCCCACCUCGUAUGCCCUCCGCGAGUCUAUUCGUCGCACGUCGUCCUCCACCUCGGCCGAGAUGAAUCCAUCGUCGCUGCACUCGGCGCAGAGCGGAGACCAGGGCCGCUUACCGCGCUCCUCGUCUCGCAGCAGCAUAUUUAGCCGGGCGCCACCUCCGCCGCCGCCUCCGUACGCGCCACUGGUUUCUCCCGUCCCUCAGAGCGUUGCCAGUUCGCAGCGAAUGCCUCGCCCGUUGUCGAACCCGAACAUGGAGAGCCCACAGGAGCAGAGUCUGGAAGGCAGCGGCUGCUCGGGCCACUCGCUCGGGCCCAACUCGAUGCAAGUUGGAAGUAAUCAGCAGUUUGCUACUACAUUGGGAGUGCCUUUUGCAGCCACAAGCACUGGCAGCAGCUUUAAUCCUGCUGCUUCAACUGGUUUUGGAGGCGGCACAGAUUUUAGCCAAACUGCACCGGUGAAUAGCCAUGCGGGAAGUCGUCGCUCGGUCUCGAGACGCAGCAUCUUUAGCCGGGAGACGUUCAUGCUCACGCGUGGCGAGAAGGAGUCCCGCAUGACGGUGCCAGAAGGAACGCCGACGGAGAUUCGAUGUGAGGGCUAUUUGACGAAACGGGGACAUUUAUUCACGAACUGGAAGACGCGCUACUUUACGUUGCGUGGCAACGUGUUGGAGUAUUACUCGGGAGAAGAGAAGAGCAAGAAGUACGGCGCCGUGACGGUGGAAAAGGUAGCGACGUGGUCGGGCGAAGCUCAUGGAUUUAUGUUUUACACCACGAAACAGAUUCCGUACUACGUGUAUGCGUCAUCCGAGUCUGAGCGCUCGCGGUGGCUGCGUGCGCUGAAGGAUUUCAUGGUGGAGACGGAGGAAGUGAGCUGUGAAGGGUAUCUUACGAAGCGUGGCCACCUAGUUCCAAGCCAGCGCAUGGCGUAUUAUGUGUUGAACGGUACAUCGUUGCGCCACUAUGCGGACCAGCAAGCAUAUCGCGAGAAUCAGUCAGCGAUGGCUGAGGUAGAAAUACGAUCAGUUGCGCCAUGGGAGGGUGAGACAAAUGGUCUGAUGUUCAUGACUGUUACGGGCAACGUGUUUUACGUGAUUGCGGAUACUGUUGGCGAGCAGCAGAAGUGGCUAGCCACUGUAAAGAAAUCGACAGCCAGCGUUCCAGAGCCUGUCUCAUGUGCCGGGUAUCUGACGAAGCAGGGUCAUAAGCGCAAAAGCUGGAAGAAGCGCUAUUUUAUUUUGCGAGGGAAUUUGAUCUCGUACUACUCUGAUUAUGAUAUGGCAAAUAACACAAAGGGGAGACCCCUUGCUGAAGUGCUGGUCGAGGACGUGCAGAGUUGGGACGGUGAACCGUUCGGUUUCAUGUUUAUGACCAACGAGCAGGUGCCAUACUACGUGUAUGCCGACAACGAUCGCGAGCGUAACAAGUGGAUGAAUGCAUUGAACAAGUUGAACGCUGUGGAGGAGGAACCCCAAGUUGACAAGAAGCGUUGCUCGAAUUGCAACGCAGUUCUUACGGGGUCUCGCUUCUGCGGAGCAUGUGGCUUCAAUUUGCGCGGAACUACGCUGGGUGAGCAAUCGGCGCAUGCACAGAAUCGUAAUGACGACGGAGAUGACGACAUUGAUGGACGCGACAUGGAUGAGGAAACAACACCCUUCGAUGAGCUGGAAGCACUAUCUGAGGGUGCAAGAACGCUGUUGCUUGCUGUUAUGCAGACCCCGGACGGCGUAGAUAUUGGUGAAAGAGAAAACACGCAUACCAACUGGAUGACGAGGGGCCCCUCGCAGCCUAGCGGUAGCAAUAACUCGGCCAGGUUUGAUCAGGAUAUCGCGGAUGCUUCCAGUGAAGCAGGCACUGAUCCAAAGGUGGAGGGUAGUUCAGACGACGAAGACGUCAGUGCUGACCCGAAUGAGUUAACGCCGACGCCUCAUUCACCCGUGCGACGACCUGUCGAAGAGUCAGGCAGUGGUGCUGCAUCUCCGGCCUCGUCACCACGUACGUAUCGUGAAACUCCAUCAGCAGCCGUGGCUCCACCGACGCCCCCAAAAGCUAAGAAGGAUACGCUGAAGCCUAACUUUGGCAUUGUAGAGUCUGAACCCAAGAGGAGUAGCUUCACUUCGUUUAGUGACUCUGAAGAAGAGUGCAAGGCAGAGCCACAGUCUGCUCCUCGGCCAUCCCGCACUUCUUCACGUUCUUCAGCAGGCUUGCUCAUGGCUGGUAUGGGCCGCCGCAAAACAAUUGCAAUGCUGGCAAUGGAGUCGAGUAGUAGUGAUGAGAGCGGGGAUGAUUCUCAGCUUCCGACGAAGCCGCCUCCUGGCGUGGAUGGGAAGGAUGAGAACGAACAGAAGGAUCACAGCGGGGACGAGGAGAAGGCGGUGGCCGACGAAGAGGCAGGCACCGAGCGCAAGAGUUCUGCUGACUCGUUAGAGCUGGACACUCGUGGGAUUUCAGCCUUCGACGAGCCCGUACAGGUGCCAAAGCUGAAGCAUCCCGCAAACGUGUCCAUCCGGACAAGUGAGCGCACUGAUAAGAAGGAUAUUUACAACUUUAUGGAGCGAGAGCUUGAUUUCACGCCGCAAUUUGUGCCAUCGGCCGAUUCUCCAGUGCGUUGCCGGUUUUAUAGUUCGAUGGCGUACACGACAGCAAAGAAAGUCAUUGUGUUUCUUUCUGAUUCCGGCCCUCUUGGCCUUUGGAAGCAAGACCCGGAGAAUGCAAAGCUGACGGUUGACCACAAGUGGUCAAUGAUACCGUACUUCAGCCGUGCGCAAGAAGAAGGCUUUGGAAUUGUGGUAUGUAACCCGUUCUCUAACUCAGCUGUCGUGUAUGAGGCGGGAGGAUUUGAGCGUGAGGUCCCGAUUCCGAACUCUUCAUCGCCGAAGGAGCAUGUCCUUUUCGUGUGGGACCAAUUUAUUACGAAAUGCAAAGGUCAAGUGUCAAUAAUCGCGUAUGCACGCGGUGGUGCGCUUGUGAAGUCCAUUUUGGAAACGUACGAGCUCAGCGCGCGUGAAAAGAUUCAUCGCGUUGCGUUGAUUGAGUCGAAGCAUGAAAUUGACCACAGUGAAUCCCCUGGUGUGUUGGAGCUUCUCGGUCGCCGAUCGAUUAAUUGGGAGGCAUCAUACGAGCCGCUUGGUGCUCAGAUUGUGGAUUCCCAAGCGCGAGUGAACUGCGUGUGUCUGUCACUGGGGUUUAUGCCGUCUCAGGAAGCAGACAACACACCGAAGACGCUGGAGAAGGCGGAAGAUCCCGCAUUCGUAUUCAUCGCCGCGAACCCAAGCCAACCUGGCAUGACUGCUGUUGUCAAGCACGUACGGUCGGAACUGCGCAGACUAAAGACAGCUCCGAAGCCUACUGGUCGCGCACCGAAGUCUAACAUCAUUGUGAUUGGUGAAACGGAUGGCAAUGGGCCGAGCGAUGUGUCAGGCAGUGCUGAUGAAGGAAAGAGUGGGAACAAGAUUAGCGAUAGUAAUGAUGAUGAUGAAAGCAAGAUCAAGGCCACAUACUAUCUGCCGAAACCGGUACCGAAGCCCAAGCGUAACUCUGGAUCGAGCGCUGUAGCUAGUGACACGCAUCAGCGUCCGAUUUCUGACAAGGACUUCGAGCUGAUGAAAGUUGUUGGUCAAGGUGGGUUUGGUAAGGUCUUUUUGUGUCGAAAGGUCACACCUCCACGUCUGGGCGAGCAUUACGCCAUGAAGGUGUUGAAGAAGCAACAGGUCGUUUCGUCGGGCCUCGUUAACACGACGAUGGCUGAACGUAAGAUCCUGACGGAUAUCUCCCACCCGUUUGUCGUAAAGCUCCACUACGCCUUCCAGAGUGAAUCAAAGCUGUACCUCGUGAUGGACUACCUCAGUGGUGGGUCUCUGGCCACGCAUUUGCGGCGCCGGCGUAAAUUUCCGGAGGAGUGGGCUCGCUUUUACGCCGCCGAAGUUGCUGCUGCCAUUGCACACCUCCACAGUGCGAACAUCAUUUACCGUGACGCAAAGUUGGAAAAUGUUUUAAUGGACCACGACGGCCAUGUGCGCAUCACUGACUUCGGUCUGUCGAAAGUUGGCGUCUCUGGCUUGAAGGGCGCUACGACCUUUUGUGGUACAGCUGCUUACAUUGCGCCUGAGCUAUUGAAAGGCAGGGCAUACGGCAAAGCUGCUGACUGGUGGUCAUUUGGCAUUUUGCUGUACGAGAUGAUAGGUGGGAAACCACCUUACUAUCACCGCAACCGAGACAUUAUGUUCCAGACUAUUCUGAAGCAGGAUUGGGUCACUUUUUCUCCCAGCUUCUCGGACGCUGCAAUUUCGCUGAUUAACGGGCUGCUAACACGCGACCCAAUGAUGCGUCUCGGUAGUGGCCCGCGGGGUGCCGACGAGGUGUUGACGCACCCUUUCUUUGACAGCAUUGAUUGGCCAGAGCUGCUGGAGCGCCAGGUACAACCUCCGUUUAACCCGGGUGUUGGGAAGAUGGAUACGCAUUAUGCGCCUCGCAACAUGAACGAGAUUACAGCGCGUGAUCGUGCACCGAGUGUGAUGAUGGCAAAAACUGAUCGUCCGAACGACUUUGACGGGUUUAGCUUUGUCGGACGGCCAUCCUCGCUGUCGAAUGUGUGA